AUUUCAGGGGCGUGAACGAGAAGGACCUGCGUAAAAAGCGACAGAUAGAGACACACAGCAGGCACAUCUGCCCGAGAGCUGAACCUGAGACAGGUUCGACACCGACCUCCAUCUGCAGAGCUUCAUCUCCCUGCUGCUCCACCCGACCUCCAGCCGCUCUCCGACAGGUUACUGCCGGGGCUCCAUCAUGGCGAAGCCGGGUGCUCUGCUUCUCCUUCUGGCAGUUGCUGCCAGCCAGGUUGACCUUCUGUCUGCUGUUUUUAUUGUUAAUUCUGGAGAGAUGGACAUCAGCUCGUGUCCCAUCACCUUUUAUGGACGCAAUUACUCCAUGGUGGAUGUGUCGUUCAAAGAUUCAUCUGCUGUCAUUUGUUUCAAAGAGCCCGCAACUGAAACUCCAACCGACUGUGUUUUGAUAAAAGAUCAGCUGACUGUGGACAGAAUGAAUGUGAACAUAUUUGCUUUGAAAAUAAGUCCUGGAUCACCCCUUCAUCUAGCUGUGCCAAACAUCAAGACCACUUCAGACUGCGUUAUUCACUUUUACUUACAGGAUGGAAAUUUCAGACAAUAUAUCAAUGUUAUUUUCUACAGCUUUGGCGCACAAACAGUUAUGGCAAGCAUGACAUCUGAUGCAUAUACUUCAGCUACUUAUAGCCUGAAUGCAACGGUCGGUAGCUCAUCUAUGGGUUCGUGGUCGUUUCCUAAAUCUUCAGACUGGAAAUACGUGGACGUGAGCGGAUGCAGAAUCUCAGAUGCCCCUUUUGUUGUCAAUUCAAGUUACAAGAAGCUGAACCCAGAAAAAUGCUCCAUGCAAGUCUGUGAUGCGUCUGCAUCCACCACUCCUGUCAGUACAUGUGGAGCCCUGGAGGUCUGCCUGGGCAACAACAAGUGCGUACAACCCAUUCCCGUGUGCACUGUGACCGGCUCCACUGUCAUCGAUUUCUCCGGCAGAGUCUACUCUGUCCCGGACCGGUGUGUAUACGGUCUGAUGAAGCCUCAAAAAAGCUCGAAUUUCACCCUAUUGGCCGGUUUCAUGGAGCGACGGCGUCAAGAUGUGCCGUUUUUGGACCACUUGAUACUGUGGCUGGAAGAUACAGGCGUAAACAUGUACCUGGAACAAGGUGGAAGAGUUCGGGUUAAAGACCAAAUACUAACGCUCAGCACCACGGCUCAGCUGGUCCACGGUGUGGAGCUCUCCAAGGACCAGACUGGAGUUACUGCCAAGAUACUUUCCCUCAAUGCGACUGUCUUUUUUGAUGGCAACACCGCACAUGUGGCAGGACCUGCUGGAGCUGUAAAGGGCUUGUGUGGCAGCCCCACUCAAGCCAGUCAGACCACCACCCUGAGUGCAGAGAAGUCCUCUUCUUACAGUGCACUCGGCUGCGAGCGUCAGCCCAACGACACCGUUGACAGUACGAUCGUCUGCAGCCUCGCAACUGAACACUGUAAUCUCAUGAGGCAGGCGCCCUUCACUGCUUGCCACAGCCUCACUGACCCGGAGCCCUACAUAACCGCCUGCACAAACACUUUGUGCAAAUACCCAGAGGUGGACGAUCUCAAGUGCCAGUUUUUGGAGGCUUACGCCAAGUCCUGCAACCUGAAGGGCAGCAUCGGGCUGGAGGACUGGAGGUCAAAGGCCGGCUGCUCUGCUGUCCCUCAGGCCUUCUGUCAGGACCAGUACUGCAGCCCUCAUGAGUUCUGCGGCGAGAAGCUCGGUGGAACCCGCUGCUACUGUCGGGCCAUUUUUGCCUCCAAGUACAAACCGACAAACACUUUAGGCGAGCCGACAGUCUGCAUGAAGAACUCUGCCACUCUCGCUCUGGCUGGAUGUCUGCUGGAGGACAAUGGCAUCGACUACUCCGCCUUACAGCUCAAUGACCAGAAGUGCAAAGGUUACAUGGACCAGCAGACCCACAUGGUGACCUUCAGCUUCGACGGCAGCAACACCUGCGGGACGGAGGUUACGACGAACGACAGCCAAAUCAUCUACAAGAACGCCAUCAAGAUGAGUACCAGCUCCGGCAUCAUCACCCGCAACGACCAAGUAUACAUCGACUUCUCCUGCUUCUACACCAAGCCAGACGUCAAGAGCGUGGCCUUCAAGAUCAAAGACGGCUCUGUGGUGCAGCAGGUUGUAUCUGGAGUUUGGAAUUACACUCUGAUGAUGAACGCCUACACCAACGCCGGCCGCACGGACCUUGUCCGGCCGGAUACUGAGAUCGGGCUGAACCAGAAGAUCUGGGUGGAGCUGAAGACGGAGGGCCUGGACGGCAACAUGGUCGCCUUGGUGACCGACUCCUGCUGGGCAACCAACCAGCGGUCACCUACAGAUACUCUGCGAUACAACCUCGUCAUUAACGGAUGCCCGAACCCCGAAGACCAGACGGUGAAGGUGGAGGGAAACGGACUGGGAACGUCCAACUCCUUCUCUUUCAACAUGUUCCAGUUCUCUGGGAAAAGCGGCGAAAUCUACCUGCACUGCAAACUGGAUCUGUGCGCCACACAGGGCCAUUCCUGUGCUCAGUCCUGCGGUACAGGUGCUGUCAGGAGGCGCAGAUCUUCCAGGUCUAAAUAUGCAGACGAAAGCCCAGCCCUCAUCACUAUGGCCUGGAGUAACUAGCUGAUUCCUGACUGAACCUGCAUCCGAUAAGGAGCCUGAAAUCUCACUGGCUUUGAAAGGAUGUUUGAAGUUAUCGUUGCUGUGAAACCAGAUAUAUUUGCCAUAACACCGAUCUUCAUUUGACCCACCUGAGAUAUUACAUAUUAUUUCUGCAGAAUCUGUGGGGUGCUGAUUCAACCCACUGAUUCAUGCAACUUAUUAAUGAGAUUUUGAAAUGGAAGAUAAUCUGUGAUGAAAUAAUAGAAGUGAAGAAGAAAAAUAAUCAAAGAAGGGUUUCGAGGGUUUUAUUUACUAUCUGCACUACUUCCUGGCACUGUGGGUUCUUUUAAAAUAUAUAUAAUUUCUUCCUUUCCAUAAUGUUAACUGCCUACUUUAAAUGCACACAGCCUAAAUGCUACCUAGUGAAUGCAGAAACAGAAUUUCUGUGUUUUAGUGACAUGAAGUUAAAAGAAGUUUGUGGCUGAAAGAAGCUUUGCAGCAAGAAGGUUUAGAGAUCCAGUGGAAGGAAAAUACUGAUGUGAAUGUGAACACAACAUUAAAAUGAUGAUUAUUAGUAGAUUGAAGUUACUAUAAAUGAAGAUUAUCAGUUAAAACUGGCUGUUAUUACACUGAGAGAUGCUGUUGUACCCUUAUUAUGUUAUUACUGUUAUUAGCAUAGAAAAACAAAAAAAUAAUAAUAAAGGGAGUGGGUUAAAACAAA